AAGGCAACCCCUCUGCAGCUCCUCCAACAAGGCAACACACGCGCUUCGCCGAGAUGUCGAGUUCCCCUCUGCUGCUCCUGCUCCUCUGCGCCGUCGGCGCCGCGGCCGCCGCCGUGCCGAGGUACCGCGAGGCGCCGCACAUCACCAACUCGGCGGCGGCGCAGUGCCCGCCGCCGCUCCCGCCGUCGGACGCGGACGCGGCGUGCUCGCCGCUUGCGGCGGUGCACGUGGCCAUGACCCUGGACGCGUCGUACCUGCGGGGCACCAUGGCGGCCGUGCUCUCCGUGCUGCGCCACGCGUCCUGCCCGGAGUCCAUCUUCUUCCACUUCGUCGCCUCCGCGACGGCCUCCUCGAGGUCGAGGGCCACGGCGGGGGAGCUGCGGGCCACGGUGCGCGCGUCGUUCCCGUCGCUGGCGUUCCGGGUGUACCCGUUCGCCGACGAGGCCCGCGUGGCGGGGCUCAUCUCCACCUCCAUCCGCGGCGCGCUCGACCGCCCGCUCAACUACGCGCGCUCCUACCUCGCGUCCACGCUCCCGCCCUGCGUGCGCCGCGUCGUGUACCUCGACUCCGACGUCGUGCUCACCGACGACAUCGCGGCCCUCGCCGCGACGCCGCUCCCGGGGGAGGAGACGGCCGUGGCGGCGCCCGAGUACUGCGGCGCCAACUUCACCGCCUACUUCACGCCGGGGUUCUGGGCGUCACCCGCGCUCUCCUCCGUCUUCGCCGGCCGCCGCGCCUGCUACUUCAACACGGGCGUCAUGGUGCUCGACCUCGCGCGGUGGCGCCGCGCGGGCUACACCGCGCAGAUCGAGGAGUGGAUGGAGCUCCAGAAGCGCGUGCGCAUCUACGAGCUCGGCUCGCUGCCGCCGUUCCUGCUCGUCUUCGCCGGCCGCAUCGCGUCGGUGGACCACCGGUGGAACCAGCACGGCCUCGGCGGCGACAACUACCGCGGGCUCUGCCGCGGGCUCCACGCCGGCGCCGUCAGCCUGCUGCACUGGAGCGGCAAGGGCAAGCCCUGGGACCGGCUGGACGCCGGGCGGCCGUGCCCGCUCGACGCCGUCUGGGCCAAGUACGACCUGCUCCGGCCGGCCGCCGGCAUCGAGAGCUCGUGAGGAUUCGGCGCUCGAUCGAGCGCUCGGUUUUUGAUCGGUUUAGACAUUAGAAGCAGGUGCUCUUCGUUCUUUUGUUGAUCUAGAUAUUGAUGAUAGAUCAUCAGAGUGUUCAUGUGAACUGUACAUAUAUAGUGCUCCUUAGUUGAAUAACAGAGACUGAUUAACCAUUUUGAUCUUCAAA